GAUCCAUCCAUCAUAGAGGUACUGCCUGCCCUGCCCUGCCCUGCCCUGCCUGCCCUGCCUGGAUACUAUGGAACAGAAAAACAGAAGCAGCCAACCACCACAGCACAACACACCCACGCCUCCGCCGCUCGCCUAUCUCACUCCGCCAAGACAUGGAAGAAGUGAUCCUUCUGACAUCGGACGGAUUCUUUUUUUUGCCACUGCACCACCACCCAGAGACAGCACGGCUCCACUCCGUUAUCUCUUCCCGCCCACGCCCGGCCACCACCGUACCACCGUCCCUCUUGUCGCGACAUUGAUUGUGUCACGGGCAGCCCAGCGGUGUCACAGCCCAGCAGCAGUCCCGUCGCAGCAACGCCCAGCAGCCCUGUUUGCCCGGGCUUCCACUUACUUAGUAGUAGCUGUGGUCCGUGGUGCCCUGGGCUCACUGGUUGGUGAGGUGGUCGGGUCCUUCUCCCCCGACACACGAUCCACUACACCUUACGUACCUCUCUCUACCUACCCUAUCAAUUCCCACUCCAGUCCCAUUCCCAUUCCCCACCACCCCCUGCAGUUUACAGUAGUAGCGUUCGGGCUGCUCUGCCUUGCCCUGCUUCGGAUCGUAGGUAGCUUGCUUGGGACUGGAGUCAGGUCCUGGGCAGUUCCGAGACCGAUGAAUCAAUCACUCAGUCAGGCAGGCCUGACCAGGGGCAAUUGAGCGGGAAGAGCCCGCCCGGCCUUUUUUUUGGUUUUCGCCAUUCCAGUUUUUUCGCCCAGCCCAAUCCACGCAGUCAGUCAGUCAAUCAAUCGCUAGCGCGGCGUCUCAGUCAGACAGCGACACUAGUGGUGGUGACAGCACUCAGCACUCAGCACUCAGCACUUUAGCAGUGUGUGUGCAUUCAUUUCAUUCAUUCCACCUGGUUCACUUGCAUUCAGUUCAGCAAGUGCACCCAUACCCAUACCACCCCCCUCCCCCCAAGUCCGGAACUCCAUUCCAUCGAUCCAUCAUGGGUGGGUGGCUGCCCUGAACUGAUGAUAUCUGCCUUUGAAUCCCGUCAUUCCCAAAUCAUCCUCUCCACAACCCUUUCCUUCUUCUCCGCAUCCUUCGUCCCUUUCUUCUUUUUUUCCAAUUUUUAAUUGCAUAUACAGCGCGACCAUAAUACCUUUUAGAUUUCCCUUCAAUAGACAAAAACAAAAGACGAGCAAUCGGGCAACCGCUAACCAUUCACCUCUUUCGGCAACUGCAGCUACCAAAUCCAGUUCCUCUUCGAUUCUAGAAGUGGAACCCUUGGGACCUUGGUUCUUUGACACCGACCGCCGUCGACAAAGAAACAACCCCCUCUCCCACGCCACCAAACCCGUCGAGGCCGCCUCCCGCUCCGACGCUUUAGUACAUUCCUCCAUGUAUUAGGCCCGACACUCCGACUACCUCGUCUUCUCUCGCUCCACUCUACGUAUCUUUAUCACCGCCGGCAACACUCGCUUCCUCUCCUCGUCGCCAUCGAACUCGCUCGACGACGACGACAUCCCCGGUACUCCUCCCCACGACCACACACAAAUCGCGGGAGAGAAUGCCUUACACACCACCCUCGCACAGGUCUCCGGCCUCGUCGGCACCCUCCUCACCAAGCCAGAGCCGGAGAUCUUCGAUCCACCAACAACAACAACACAAUGGCGGCCCCACCUCGCCAACAUCAUCCACCAAGCCCGCACUCCCCCGAUCGGCGUCGUAUCUUAUGAAGCACCGACGAACCCCCUCGGCCCCGGCACCCGCACAGCAUAACGAGCUGUCCCCGUCGGCGACCGUGGAGGAUCUCAAGGUCAUGGCCCUCAACAGCAUCGUGCGCCAGUCCCCCCCACCAAUAACGGGCGAACGACAGGGCAUGCCCGCCGGUGCCGUCAUCUCCCCUCCCGACUCGGCUAGUGAAGACGAGGGUCAGCUGGAGAUGAAGAAGGAGGACACGCAGCGUGGCAGGACCAUCGAGAACCUCAAGGAGCUCAAGGACGCCAUCAGCCAGAUCCCCGUUCACCGCUCGUGCUCGCCCAACAACCGCACCGACAUCCCCGAACCCAUCAUCGCUGAAAUGAAGGAAAAGACAAGGCCCGAUGCCGGCGACCUGCUAGUACUGCCGUCCCAGGCCAAGGCCAUUGCCGACAUGCAGCAGAAGCAGGACGCCGCCAACGGAGUCACCAACCGCCGCUUCUCCCACAACCGAUCCGCCACCGAGUCCAACAUUGUGCUGAACAAGUCUAUGGAAACCUCGCUGACAGGAUCGGACGAGGACACGGACGAAGAGCGGCAAAGAAAGCCCCCCAUGGUGCGCAAGAAGUCGGGCGAGCUCGUGCGGCCUGCUCUGCGACCUCCCUCUCGCCGACGGCCCUCCAGUAUGCCUGGCACACCCACCUUCAAGGCUGUCCACUUUGACUCGCAUCUCGAACAUGUUCGCCAUUUCUUGCAGGUCGACCGCCCGUUGGCCGUUAGUGCUGGCUCAUCGCCGGUCGAUAGCUAUGAUAGCGACACCGAGUACCCUUUUAAUGGGAACGGGAAUGCGAACGACCAGUCACAAGCGCGUCAGCCUCCCUUUGAGUGGGAGCUCGUCCUGUCCAACUUCCCCGCCGAUACACCACUUCGCAAGGCGCAGCCUGGGUCGGUCGCGGUGGUCAACCUGGCCUUCCACAAGAGCGUUACUUGCCGGUUCACCUUGGACUACUGGAAGACCACCUCUGAGGUCUCGGCCGAGUACAUGAGCCAGAUCGUGCCCUCGGAGUCGCCUCUCGGGCAGGAUCGCUUCAACUUCACCAUCAAGCUCUCCGACAUGGCCAACCUCGAGUCCAAGACGCUCUACUUCUGCAUCCGGUACAACGUCAACGGCCAGGAGUUCUGGGACAACAACAACGGCAUGAACUUCCAGAUUGACUUCCGCAAGAAGGCUCUCCCGACCAACGGCAAGAAGGGUGUUAUCGGCGCUGCUUCUCGUACCGUGAACGGCCUGCCCAAGAGUAACCGUCGCUCCAACCACUCGUCUGCGGCACCAAAGCCCAAGUUCGCCCCCAUCGGUGCCGAUGACUUUGGUAGCAGGAGCAAGCUCAGCUUUGAUAGCUCCCUUGAUGACUAUGAUGAUGACGCUCUUCCCGCUGGCCUUCGCCUGCGUGGUGUUAAGAGCACCACCAGCAUUCCCAGCGAUAACCUGCCGAGCCGUCUGUCUGCCCCUAGCGGCCAGGCCUUUGCUAACCGCUACGACUUUGGUGCCUCGCUGGCCACGGCCAUCCAGACCGCCAAGGACAACCUGCCCAAGAAGGAUGACGGUGGUCUUUACAUGAAGUCCUCCAGGAAGCCUGCUGCUGCGAACUCGUCUAUCCAGCGCAGGGGUCACCCUACUCUGACUACUCCUGUUGCUUCUGCUCCCGCUCCUGCUCUCUCUGCCCCUGCCCCUGCUGCUGCCCCUAAGAAGGCUCCUGCACCUGCUCCUGCACCUUCUACCGCUGCUCCCGCUACCACCUCAGCAAAGCCUUCUUCUCUCAACAUUCCUGGCGUGUCCACCACUGGCAGCAUUGCUUCGUCCUCGUAUGAGGAGCUUGUUAACAAGUACUGCUUCUUUGGAUCCACCAAGCAGUCCAGUCCUCAGAUCAAGGAUGGCAGCUUGCGCAACAGUCGCUUCGAUAGUGCCAGUGACCUUCCCCAGCUUGCCAGCAACAGCAGCAGCAGCAACUCGAGCUACGAGGGAAGCCCCGUCCACAAUAACUUUUACGGUAUGGGAUCUACGGCUCAGCAUCACUCGCUGCAUCCGAGGGAUCCCAACCCUUAUUUCUCCCAUGGAGGUUUCAUGAGCUUUGUUGGGGGCUCUCCAGCCGAAAGCCCCCUCAAGUUGGGCUUCCCGUCUCCGCAAAACCCGGGUAACCCCUCAAGCACUGGGCCACGCACUGGCCCUGGCACUAACAGCUUUGGAUCUGGCUACGGAACCGGACCCAGCUACGGAUCGCACUCUACUGGGGGUAAAUGAUCAUCAUUUCAUCUGCUUGUUUGCGGGGGUCUAUCGCCAUUCCAUGGAUCCCAACAACAAGGCGGCCUGUUUCUGUAUAUGAAUUCCACACAUGUAACCUGUGGGAUGACAACACAUUCUCGACAUACCAUCACCGGCCUCGACAUAAACCUGCUGUUUUUUUUCCUCGUCUCCUACUCAUUGUUCUUGUUUUUCUUUUCGGCAUUUGCUUUCUCUGGCUUUGAAGCAUCCACUAGUUUGGCGUUUGGGUGGUUUCUUUUUCCUACUUCUCCUUUCAACAGCAUGAUGAUCACGACUUCAAACUUCGGUGUACGAUUAAGGGAAACUGGCGGAUUACCGGCACGGACAGGUUUUCUGGUUUUCCUGGAUUGGAGAGUUUUUGGUGGUCGCGUUUGUUUCUUUAUGGGGGGUUAGCUGGCCUGCAAACCUCGCAUUCGCUGAAAGUCAACAUUGGCGACUCUUUUCGGGUCAAGGAGAGCCAGGGAGCGCUUCAUUCUUUCCGACAUCACCUCACUGCACAGCCUCAUCACCUCUUCUCUUUCACACACUUCGGCAAGCACAUCAACCCGGCCCUCGCACACUCUUUGUGAUAGCCGAUGGAACCAUCAUGCGCUUUUCAAGAAACCAAUUUGUCACUGGGUCUCCUUUCCCAGUUCGUCGUGGCAGUCCUUUCAGGCUGCCCGACUCGGUUGUCGAGCUCUCCUCCUUCUGGAAGUCAGGGAGCAAGAUGAUGGAUGAAAAGGUUAUCUGAAUGGUCUUUCAUGGAUUCUGUCACCGAGUGGCUGUUAUUAGUACUCGGUUAGGGUUUAAUGUACUUGCCGCAGUUGUGCGUACUCAGUUGGGUAGUCAGCCGGUCGUCCAACAGCAAAGGUCCCAAAGUAUUGCAUCAACAGUUACUUCACAUGGCAUCAGUCCGCUCGGUCGAACCCUAUCCUGGGCGCGAGACUUUUGCUACAUUGUGGGUAGCUUGCAGUUUUGGUUGAGCUUAUGCUACACGACAUGACAUCGACAAAGUGCACACAUACAUAUAAGAGACAGUAGGCUUAGGAGAGACGUGAGUGACUAAGAAGGAUUGUGCACGACUGGACUGGACACCGGACUUGAAAAGGGAGCAUAAUGUCAGAUAACAGAGACUGGGAAUAGAGCAGAGUCUCUCUUGGGGUGGACUAGUCAUGGCGAGUUUUGAGCAGGUCGGCGGGGGGGACUUGAUUGGCAGUUUUUUUUUUCUUUUUUACUAGUAUGUUCAUUAUGGCUUGGCUGGCUGGCUCGCGAAGGUUGCAAUGGUUAGGUUAGGGGUCAGGAAAAAAACGGGUAUGAUUGAUAAAUUUGAUGAAUUGCACACAUACAUCACGAACAUACAUGCGCACUUGAGUACCUACCUACAAUGACAAGCUGACAUGAGAUGUUA